AUGCGCACGAUGGCUGACGCUCAAGACGGCGCGAUGUCCGGGGUAAUCAACUCGUUCGAGGCGCUUCAGAGCGACGACCAAAAGGAACAGAUCCUAAACUACGAGGGUUUGGUCCGGAAGGAGAUGACCCGCAUCCAUGACGAAUAUCUGUCGAUCUGGGAUGGGAUCAAUUAUGGCAAAGAGCCACGGGUUAUAUUUGACGAACUCGCAAUCCGAACUCAGCUCUUGGCUAAACUGCAGUCAAAAUCGUUGCCUAGCUUACGCCGUCACGCCAAUGGGCUUUCGAAGGCCCUGCUCCUCUGUCGCUCGGAUCCGCCACUCGACAAUCAACCAGAGCCCGCCGUGUACAAAAUGAAACUGGUCUUGAAAGCUCUGUCGAAACUGGACAGCACGUUGCGCGACAUCAAAUUUGCGAUCGCUUGUAUCAGUCCAGACCUGGAUAUCGAAAAAAUGAGAGACGAUAAAGAUUUCAAGCAAUUGAAGUUCUUCAGAUCGUAUCGUUUAGCCGUCAGAACUUACGCGGUCACCGGAAUCGUAUGCGAACUCCUUCGGAUCUCGUGCGGACACGUCAAAGAAUCGGGACACAUGUUCAAUGAAGACCCCUCGAAGAGACUCGGGGUCGAGACGAUGGCGACUGCUUGCUCGGAAUCAGUCAACCAGACGCUCAUCUACAUGAGCAAAUCCGAAGUGAAUAUCUUCCAGGACGCCUGGGAGUUAGACAUCGAAUCGAUGAGUGAUUCGCUCGAGAAAUUCGUCAAAUUCAUGCACCAAUCGCAGUCCGAAUUGAAAGAAGAGGAGGAAGAAUACAGCCAUUCGCUCGCCGGGCGAGGUCCCCCUGGUGCUCACAGCGCCCGCCCUGCGAACAACGCAUCCCAGCCGCCAAUCCCCACCGAUCCGCAACUUUCGCAUACGACAAUAUUCGUGAUAUCGAUCAUAAAGCUGUCGAGGAUGUUGGUGGCCAAGAUACUGAAGAUUUCGACCGGCAAAGAGAACUUGACGAUGGUCAGCGAUCUGAGUUCCAGAGAGCUCGAGCUGCUCGUCAGGACGACCGAAGCGCUUUCAGACAGCAUCGUGAAACUUGUGGGUGCUCUGUCCGAUGACGACCCCGACCACCAAUUUGAUGCUCUUAUGACCAUCAAGAGAUCGAUCUCGCAUCUGCUCAGCGCUCCCAGAGUCAUCCUAGAACUCCUCCAGCAUAUCUUUCGCCCCGUUGAUCCCGAUCAGCUUUCGUCCAAAAUUCAUCUCAAGGCUUGGUUUAAUCAGUGGAAUAUACUGUAUCACCUGGCCACUCGAAACUUCGUCGGGGAUCUCGGAUUCCCCAUACCCUGA